CUGGUACGAUAAGGUAAUACCAGAAUGAUAAGUGGUACUGGAUGCGAUGUCUUGUGAAUGUCGGUAGAUGAACUCAACGGUGUGUCUGUGUGUAGAUGUACUCCAUCCGCAGCCUGCCCAGCAUGGUCUACCGGGAGCAGCCAGAGGAAGACGGAGUAGAGGACAUGACGCAGCUGGAGGAGCUGUCUGAGGGAUCUGUGCUGCUCAACCUGAAGAAGAGGUUUGAGAGAGAGAUCAUCUAUACAUAUAUAGGUAGUAUCCUGGUCUCGGUGAACCCCUAUAGGAUGUUCAACAUGUACGGAACUGACAUGGUGCUGAAGCACAAGGGAACCGCUCUGGGAGAGAACCCUCCACACCUGUUUGCCAUAGCAAACGUCUCCUACACCAAAAUGAUGGAUGCCAAACAGAACCAGGUUAUUAUAAUCAGUGGGGAGAGUGGAUCAGGGAAGACUGAGGCCACUAAACUGCUGCUGCGUUACCUAGCAGCAAUACACCACAAACACAACAUUACACAACAGAUUCUUGAGGCAGCUCCUCUUCUAGAAUCCUUUGGAAAUGCCAAAACAGUUCGCAACGACAACUCCAGUCGCUUCGGGAAAUACGUGGAGAUCUAUCUGGAGGAGGGUGUGAUCAGCGGUGCCAUAACCUCUCAGUAUCUGAUGGAAAAGUCCCGUAUAGUCUUCCAGGCCAGAGAUGAGAGGAACUAUCAUAUCUUCUAUGAGAUGCUGUCAGGUCUUCCCCCCCAGCAGAGGCAGGCCUUCUACCUGCAGGAGGCUGAGACAUAUUAUUAUCUGAACCAGGGAGGGGAUUGUGGGAUAGCAGGAAAGAGUGACAGGGAGGACUUCCUCCGUCUGCUGGCUGCUAUGGAGAUCCUUCACUUCACCCCUGACGACCAGGCGUCCAUCUUUAGAGUCCUGUCUUCUAUUCUACACCUGGGGAACGUCUACUUCCAAAGACAUGAGGCGGAUGGCCAGGAGGUGGCGUCUGUGGUCAGUGCUCAGGAGAUCAGAGUCGUAGCUGAGCUGCUCCAGAUCUCCCCUGAGGGACUCCAGAAGGCCAUCACACACAAAGUCACGGAGACCAUGAGGGAGAAGAUCUACACCCCUCUGACGGUAGAGAGUGCUGUAGACGCCAGAGAUGCUGUUGCCAAGAUCCUGUACUCUCUGUUGUUCCACUGGCUGACUGAGAGGAUUAAUGGACAGGUGUAUCCUCGACAUCACGCUCUGUCAAUAUCUGUGCUGGAUAUAUAUGGCUUUGAGGACCUGUCCUUCAACAGCUUUGAGCAGCUGUGUAUUAACUAUGCUAAUGAGUACCUGCAGUUCUUCUUCAAUAGGAUCGUCUUCAGACAGGAGCAGGAGGAGUACAACAGGGAGCAGAUCCUGUGGCAGGACAUCCCAUUCAGCGACAACCAGUCCUGCAUCGACCUCAUCUCCUCUAAGCCCCAUGGGAUACUGAAGAUCCUGGAUGACCAGAGCUGCUUUCCCCAGGCGACAGACCACACCUUCCUCCAGAAGUGUCAUUAUCACCAUGGUAACAACAAGAUCUACCUGAAGCCAAAGAUGCCCCUCCCAGAAUUCACCAUCAAACACUUCGCUGGCCCAGUCACCUACCAGGUUCACAAGUUUCUGGAUAAGAACUACGACCAGGUUGGACAGCAGGUUCUCAAUCUGUUCAUCCACAGCAAGAACAAGAUGGUGGCCAACCUCUUCCUGGUUCACGCGGAGGUCGUAGGUCAGCAUAGAGGUCAUGUGAGGAAGAGCAGCACGGUGACCCGGAGACACCAGCCCCCCACCGUCUCCACCAAGUUCACCCUGUCACUUCUGGAACUGGUAGACAAGAUGGAGAGGUGCAACCCAUCGUUUAUACGCUGUAUAAAGCCAAACAGACAGAAGGAGCCAGGUGUGUUUGAGACGGAGCUGGUCGGCAGUCAGCUGAGGUAUUCUGGUAUCUUGGAGACCAUCAGGAUCCGGAGAGAGGGUUACCCUGUUAGACUGGCCUUCAACGUCUUCCUGUUCAGGUACAAGUCUCUGGUGGGUGUGAAGCAGCCUCCAGCUCCUGAUGGGGAGAACUGUGUCAUCAUGCUCAGCAAACUGGUUCCCCUCCGACCCGGGGCCUACCAAGUAGGAGUGACUAAGCUGUUUCUGAAGGAGGACGUGUACCAGUUGUUGGAGUCUAAGAGAGAGCGUGUCCGUCAGGUGGCGGCCCUCACCCUGCAGAGAUACACACGCAUGUUCUUUGUCAGGAAACGAUACAAGGAGUUCAGAACCAAGAUCAUCAGACUACAGGCCUACUGUAGAGGCUUCCUCACCAGGAAGCGCUAUUUGAAGAUGAGAAAGAGUCUGGUCAAGUUUCGUUCUCUCAUCCACAUGUACGUCACCCGCAAGAGAUACAUCAAGAUGAAGCUGGAGGCCCGCAGGAAAGCAGAGGAGGAGAGGAGGAGGAGAGAGGAGGUGAGGAGAGGAGAGGAGGAACGAAAG